AUGGGGGGGAAUUCACCAUGCGCUUCCUGCAAGUUGCUUCGUCGCCGGUGUACCAAGGACUGCAUCUUCGCCCCUUACUUCCCUUCCGACGAUCCCCAUAAGUUCGCCAUCGUUCACAAGGUUUUCGGUGCCAACAAUGUCAGCAAAAUGCUUCAUGAGGUGCCGGUGCAACAAAGGGCGAACGCGGUGAGCAGCUUGGUGUACGAGGCGAACGCGAGGGUGAGAGAUCCGGUUUACGGGUGUGUAGGGGCCAUAUCGUUUUUGCAGAACCAGGUGUCGGAGCUCCAAAUGCAGCGGGCCGUGGCUCAAGCGGAGAUACUUUGUAUCCAGAUGCAGCAACAGGUCGAUGACGUCCCGAUGGUUCAACAGCUAUCGGUUCCGACAGUUUCCAUAAAGAAAAACUAA